UUUUCCUCCUCUUCUUCUACCAACGCCCAUUAAUUCCCCUCGCUCGCUUGCUUUGCUCGCAUUAACACCUGAUCACAUCAACUUUGCCCAAGUCGUAAAGCUUCCUCUCUACUAAUCCAAGUCACAGGUCGGCCAUGACCCAAAUCCCGUGGCGUCAAUUCGAUCACUCGCUCGACCUCGCGUGCGUCGCCACCGUCGUGGACGAGCCGCGGCCAUCGGAGACGAAACAGGAACGCCCAGAGCGCUCCUGGCCGUCGAUCCGACCAACGAGGCGAAUCUGAGCCGUCCGAUGGAGUAGUUGCGCCUCCUUUUUCAACCCCCCCACCCUUCGCGCCAACGCCACAGUGCGCGCGCUCCGCGUCGUGACACGGACGGACAUGGCGGGCUCCGGUGGCGAGGCGAUGGCGAGCUCUGGGCUUGACCUGGGCGAGUACCUCGAUCGGCCGGACGCUAUCCACCGGCGAGCGGCGUCGGUCGCCAUCGUGAGGUCCGGUGGUGGCGAUGGGCCGAGGAUUGUGGAUGGAGGGAGGGAUGAUCGGAGGGCGCGGUCGUCGCGCCGGCUCUCGCUGUCGUCGUGGAGGAGGCCGGCCGGCGGCGAGACGUCGGUGGAGUCGAGGAGGUAUGGUUUUACGGCGGCGGCGGCGGCCGAGGUUGGGGGGAAGACGAGGGCGGCGGCGAUAUGGGAGUGGAAGCCGGUGCGCGUGCUCUCUCGCAUCGGGAAGCGCCGGUGCGGGUGCCUCCUGUCCGUCGAGGUGGCCGGCGUCCGCGGCGUUCCGGCCUCCAUGGACGGCCUCCGCCUCGCCGUCACGGUGCGCAAGGCGGAGACGAAGGACGGCGCGGUGCAGACGAUGCCGGCGACGGUGCGCGGCGGCUGCGCCGACUUCGUCGAGACGCUCUUCGUCAGGUGCAACAUCUACUUCGCCGGCGGCGCCGGCACCGGGAAGCCGCUGAAGCUCGAGCCGCGGCGGUUCGUCGUGUCCGUCGUCCCCGCCGAGGCGCCCGGCGUCCGUCUCGGGGCGCAUGCCGUCGACGUCAGCUCCCUCGUGCUCGACUCCCUCCAGAAGAGCUCCGAGGGCCGCCGUGUCCGGUGGUUCGACACGGCCGUCACCCUCUCCGGCAAGGCCACCGGCGGCGAGCUGCUGCUCAAGCUGGGGUUCCAGCUCAUGGACGACGCCGGCCUCUGCCUCUACACCCAGGCGGCAACGGAGAAGGUCGACGUCGUCGACGACGUGUCGCCGGCUCUUGCCAGAGCUCACAACAAGAACUCGUUCAGCGUCGCGAGGACGUCGGGGCCCAAGCUUUCAGCAUCCGACGCGGCCAUCUCGCCCUCCAUGAGAGCCUACAAGCAGCUCAUCGAUAGGCUCAGCGUCGACGAGCAUGGAGAUCCUGUGACGUCGCUGAUCCCUCGGAAGCUCGCCGACGACGAACUUUCCGGCGACGUCGGCCUCCCGGAGUACGAGGUGGUUGACAAGGGCGUCGAGACCGUCAAAGAGGUCGUCCACUACCAUGCUCACCGCGACGUGCUCAAAGAGCUCGACUCCAUUGCCGAGCAGAUCGAGGCCAUCGAGGCGCUGAUGACGAACGGCGGCAAGAAGUCGCCGCCGUCGCCGAAGAAGGUGGAUCAGAAGCAGUGCCUCGACGCGGAUGAGGAGAUGGUGACGGUGGAGUUUCUACGGAAGCUCGAGGUAGUCGACGAUAAGGGCAGGAAGCUGAAGCAGCCCAUGACGCCGAGAAGCGAGUCGGAGAAGAAGGCGGCGGCGGCGGCGCCGCCGGUGGUGCCGGACUUGGGGCCGGGCCUUGGGACGGCGGUGCAAACGCGCGACGGCGGAUUCUUGGUGUCCAUGAACCCGUUCGACUUGCCUCUUGAGAAAGGAGAUGCACCCCCGAAGCUCGCCAUGCAGGUGUCGAGGCCGUUCGUGCUGCCGAGCUCCAUGGCCGCGACUGGGUUCGACGUCCUCCAGAAGAUGGCGGCGGCGGGCGGCGCCGACGAGGUCCGGGACAAGGUGGCGAGGCUCGGCGGCAUGGACAACCUCACGGGGAAGACGCCCGAGCAGGUGGGCUUCGAGGGCAUCGCGGAGGCGGUCAUCGGCGGGCGGCGCACCGAGGGCGCGAGCUCGAGCGCCGCCCGGUCCGUCCGGCUCGUCCGGAAGCUCGCCGCCGCCGUGUCCGAUGGCCGGAGCGAGCGCGUCGCCACCGGCAUCUGGACCGCGGCGGACGACCCGGAGACGCUGGAGGAGGUGAUCGCCUUCUCCCUGCAGAAGCUGGAGGCCAUGGCCGUGGACGCGCUCAUGAUCCAGGCCGAGAUGGCCGACGAGGACGCGCCGUUCGAGGUGGCGCCGGCCGCGGGCGACGCCACCACCGUGUUCGACGCGCUGGUGUCGCCCGACGAGUGGUCGGAGUCACGCGGCUCCGACGGCCGCGUCACGGUGGUGGCGGCCAUCCAGCUGCGCGACCCGUCGCGGCGCUACGAGGCGGUGGGCGCGCCGAUGGUGGCCGUCGUGCAGUCGGCGAGGCUGCUCGGCGCGGCGGGGAACAGCGGCGGGAGGUUCAAGGUGAGGAGCCUGCACGUCGGCGGCGUGCAGCUGCGGUGCCCGGUGGGAGGCGGCGCCGGCGGCGGCCGCGCGAGCUGGGGCGCGGAGAGGCAGAAGCUGACGGCAAUGCAGUGGGCGCUCGCGCACGGGCCGGCGCGCGCCGCGGGCAGGAGAGCGCGGACGCCGACGACGACGACGACGCCGUCGUCUCAGGCGAGGCAGCGGCCGGACGUCGUGUGGAGCUUGUCGUCGCGGGUGCUCGCCGGGAUGUGGCUCAAGACGGUGCGCAACCCGGAUGUCAGAGUUGGCGCCACCGCCGCCGGCAGCGGCGGCGGCGGCAACUGAGACGGCGCCGGCCGGCCGGGAUGGCACGUUACACAAUUUGUAGGUUUGCAUGAUAUGUAUGCAAACUCCAGUACUCCCCGUACUGGUACAUUACAUAAGUAUUAGCAUAAAAUCGUUUUAUCUGAAGUCUGUUUGAAACGCAGGAAUUUUAUAGAAUUUUUAGAAAUCAGAUAAAAUUCCUGCAUUUGAAACAGGCCUUGUGUUGUAUGUGUAGGCAGUGUAGCCAAGUUGUCAGUGUGUUACUGUGCAGAAUCAUGCGUUCGCUUGCCUUGUUUGGUACUACAAUGUUAUCAUUUUAAUUCAUUCUUAACUACAUAUGAGAGUAAAAAAAAAUCAAAACUACUAUAUUGGACAUA